AUGGGCGUAUCUCUUUUAGCUUCUUCUUCUGCAUUUGUAACUAAACCACUCCUCACUCAAUUGGUUCACCUCUCACCUAUCAGUCUCAAUUUCACCGUAAGACGCUUCAAGCCAUUCACGUGCUUAUCACGCUAUUACACAACAAAUCCUUAUAAUAUGACAUCCAAUUUUAAGACAUUCAAUCUGGACUUUUUAAAGCCGGAUUUAGACGAAAGAUCGUAUCGGUUUAUUGAGCUACCUAAUAAGCUGAAGGCUCUGUUGAUCCAGGACCCAAAAGCAGAUAAAGCAGCAGCGUCGCUAGACGUCAAUAUUGGCGCCUUUGAAGAUCCAAAGAACCUACCUGGAUUGGCGCAUUUCUGCGAGCAUCUUUUAUUCAUGGGCUCUGAGAAAUUUCCAGACGAAAACGAAUACUCGAGCUAUUUAAGCAAGCACGGUGGUUCAUCCAAUGCCUACACAGCAUCGCAAAACACAAAUUAUUUUUUUGAGGUUAAUCACCAACAUUUAUUUGGUGCGCUAGACAGGUUUUCAGGGUUUUUCUCUUGUCCUCUUUUCAACAAGGACUCUACUGAUAAAGAGAUCAACGCCGUUAACAGCGAAAACAAAAAGAACUUACAGAAUGAUAUUUGGAGAAUUUACCAAUUAGACAAGUCUUUGACCAAUACAAAACAUCCAUAUCACAAAUUUUCUACAGGAAACAUCGAAACUUUGGGCACAUUGCCAAAGGAAAAUGGACUAAAUGUUAGAGAUGAACUGUUAAAAUUCCAUAAGAAUUUUUACUCCGCUAACCUAAUGAAGCUAUGUAUUCUUGGUAGAGAAGACCUUGAUACUCUCUCUGAUUGGACUUAUGAUCUCUUCAAGGAUGUAGCCAAUAACGGUCGUGAAGUACCCCUUUAUGCGGAACCUAUUAUGCAGCCUGAGCAUUUGCAAAAAAUAAUUCAAGUCCGUCCUGUGAAAGAUUUGAAAAAACUAGAAAUCUCUUUCACUGUCCCUGAUAUGGAGGAACAUUGGGAGUCCAAGCCACCGAGGAUAUUAAGUCAUUUAAUCGGCCAUGAAGGGUCCGGUUCAUUACUAGCACAUUUGAAAAAAUUGGGCUGGGCCAAUGAGCUAUCUGCUGGUGGGCAUACUGUGUCCAAAGGAAAUGCUUUUUUUGCUGUCGAUAUAGAUUUAACAGACAACGGGUUGACACACUAUCGCGAUGUUAUUGUCUUGAUCUUCCAGUAUAUUGAAAUGUUGAAAAACUCACUACCUCAAAAAUGGAUAUUCAAUGAACUGCAAGAUAUCUCUAAUGCUACCUUCAAGUUUAAGCAAGCUGGUAGCCCAUCUUCCACAGUUUCAUCAUUGGCAAAAUGCUUGGAAAAGGAUUACAUUCCUGUUAGCAGAAUUUUAGCCAUGGGUUUGUUAACGAAAUAUGAACCUGAUUUGCUUACCCAAUAUACGGACGCUCUGGUCCCGGAAAAUUCUCGUGUUACUCUGAUCUCAAGGAGUUUAGAAACAGAUUCUGCUGAAAAAUGGUAUGGUACUGCGUAUAAAGUGGUAGAUUAUCCGGCAGAUUUAAUAAAAAACAUGAAAUCGCCAGGUUUGAACCCUGCUCUGACUUUGCCACGUCCAAAUGAAUUCGUUUCAACAAAUUUCAAGGUUGAUAAAAUUGACGGUAUAAAACCAUUAGAUGAACCUGUUUUGUUAUUAUCCGAUGACGUCAGCAAAUUAUGGUACAAGAAGGACGACCGAUUCUGGCAACCACGAGGCUACAUUUACUUGUCUUUUAAACUUCCACAUACGCAUGCAAGCAUCAUUAAUAGUAUGCUUUCUACGCUAUACACUCAGCUGGCCAACGAUGCCUUGAAAGAUGUACAAUAUGAUGCUGCUUGUGCCGAUCUUCGUAUAUCAUUCAAUAAAACUAAUCAAGGCCUCGCCAUUACCGCGUCUGGGUUCAACGAAAAAUUGAUCAUUCUAUUAACAAGGUUUUUACAAGGCGUUAAUUCAUUCGAACCUAAGAAGGAUCGUUUUGAGAUUUUGAAAGAUAAGACCAUACGUCACUUGAAAAACCUUUUAUAUGAAGUUCCUUAUUCACAAAUGUCGAAUUACUACAAUGCUAUAAUAAAUGAACGUUCUUGGUCAACUGCAGAAAAAUUACAAGUCUUUGAAAAAUUGACCUUUGAACAAUUGAUCAACUUCAUACCCACCAUUUACGAAGGCGUUUAUUUUGAAACUUUAAUCCACGGAAACAUAAAACAUGAAGAAGCAUUGGAGGUGGAUUCUCUGAUCAAGUCUUUGAUUCCAAACAACAUUCAUAAUCUGCAGGUUUCUAACAACCGGUUGAGAUCCUACUUACUUCCUAAAGGCAAAACUUUCAGAUAUGAAACUGCUUUGAAAGACUCCCAGAAUGUUAACUCAUGUAUUCAACAUGUCACCCAGCUAGAUGUCUAUUCAGAAGACCUAUCUGCCCUCAGCGGAUUAUUUGCGCAAUUGAUUCACGAGCCAUGUUUUGAUACCUUAAGAACAAAAGAGCAAUUGGGCUACGUUGUUUUUAGUUCGAGUUUGAACAAUCACGGUACAGCGAACAUUAGGAUCUUGAUUCAGUCAGAACAUACCACGCCAUAUCUAGAAUGGAGAAUAAACAAUUUUUAUGAAACUUUUGGCCAGGUUUUGAGGGAUAUGCCAGAAGAGGACUUUGAAAAACACAAAGAGGCGUUAUGCAACAGUCUAUUGCAAAAAUUCAAGAAUAUGGCCGAGGAAAGCGCCAGAUACACAGCAGCAAUUUACUUAGGUGAUUACAAUUUCACACAUCGUCAAAAAAAGGCUAAGCUCGUUGCUAACAUUACAAAGCAGCAAAUGAUAGAUUUUUAUGAGAAUUAUAUAAUGAGCGAGAACGCAUCGAAGUUGAUUCUACAUUUGAAAUCUCAAGUGGAAAACAAAGAGCUCAAUGAAAAUGAAUUGGACACCGCUAAGUAUCCAACUGGCCAGUUGAUCGAAGAUGUCGGGGCAUUCAAGUCGACGCUGUUUGUAGCUCCCGUUCGUCAACCAAUGAAAGACUUCGAGAUUUCCGCGCCUCCUAAGCUGAAUAAUAGUUCUGAAUCAGAGUGA